UAUCUGAAAAGGUUGAUUAUUAAAGUUAAGAAAUCUCUAAAAGUGUACGCACUCGCGUAUAUAUUAUCAUAUCGGUCCAUCCCUAAAAUACUUACAUCCCUAAAACCAAACGGCGUUUUUUUUUGUAAACAUUUGCCAAAAAGGGUAACAAUUAGACACUAUGAAUACGUGCUUCUUUUGCGGUGCCGUUGACAUACACGGCACUGCAAACUAUGAAUUGCUCACAGCUAAGGUGCCAUCGUCACACAAAUCGGUGUCCUUAGUGCUAACACAUCUCGCCAACUGUAUGAAAACCGAAGUUAAAUUGAGUCCAAAUACAAAACUCUGCCCGCGAUGUUUCAACGAGCUGGCGGAAUACGAUACCAUAAUGGUAAAUCUAAUGGUUACCCAAAAGAAAUUGACAACUCAAUUGAAAGCGGCACUCAAAUCGGAGUUCGAAGACGAGGGGCUGGUUGAGGAACUGGAUAAGGCGGCACAGGAAGAUGCUGAAGCGGAAGCUUUGUUCGAGGAGCUAGUCAAAGAGGAGGAUGAUAUGGAUAUGGACAUUAAAGAGGAGUACGAUGACGAUGAUGAUGAGGAAUUUCUUUGCGAAGUUAAAUCAGAUGCUUUGUCCGUUAAGAUGGAGGAUGAGGCCGACGAUCAAGGCAAAUUCAUUCCAAAACGAGUUAAACAGGAAUGCAGCACCUGUGGCAAGAUCUUCAAUGCUCGCUAUCAAUUGCAAAAGCACAUCAGCGAGGAGCACAACAAGACCCAGGCACACGUUUGUCCCAUCUGCGGCAUUAUACGACGCGACGAGGAGUAUCUUGAAUUGCACAUGAAUGUCCACGAGGGUAAAACUGAGAAACAGUGCCGUUACUGCCCCAAGAGCUUCUCACGGCCUGUCAACACGCUGCGGCACAUGCGCAUGCACUGGGACAAGAAGAAAUAUCAAUGCGAAAAGUGCGGCCUGCGCUUCUCCCAGGACAAUCUCUUGUACAACCACCGUUUGCGGCACGAGGCCGAAGAGAAUCCUAUUAUAUGCAGCAUUUGCAAUGUCUCGUUCAAGUCGCGCAAAACCUUCAAUCAUCAUACACUCAUCCACAAGGAGAACAGGCCCCGCCAUUACUGCACCGUCUGUCCCAAAUCAUUUACAGAGCGUUAUACACUCAAAAUGCAUAUGAAAACCCAUGAUGGGGACGUUGUCUAUGGCGUUAGGGAGGAGGUGCCAGUGGAUGAUCAGGUGGUCGAGGAGCUACAGGUUGAUGUGGAUGAAUCCGAGCAGGCCGUAACAGUUAUUAUGUCCGACAAUGAUGACAAUGCCGCCAGCUUUUGUUUGAUUUGCAGCACGAAUUUUGAGAACAAGAAGGAACUAGAGCAUCAUUUACAAUUUGAUCAUGAUGUCGUAUUAAAGUAAAUAGCAUUUAAAACUCCCUAAUAUAAUAUACACACCUUUCGAUUGGAAAUCUAAGUAAAAAAAAAAACUGAAGCAUAUAGUGUGCAAAAACUUAGUUUUUUUUUAGACUUGAAUAAAUUAUUCACACUACUAGCAUGAGUCUUUUUUCUAUGAAACGCUUCUUUGUAUAGAUAUAACAUAUUUCAAAUAAAGUUUGACGAAAGAACAUGUGUUUUAAAACAACAACAACUUCGUGAGGGGAAAUCAAUCGAAUUUGCGCGCAAUUUUUUAUUUCAAAUGUGAUAGCCGACAAUAGCAGCAGCUUUCACGAGACUUUCAUAUGAAAAUAUAGGACGAGACGGGGUUUACGAACUGAACCAAGGGGCGGAACGUUGGAACGGAACGUUAACCAAAAUUAAUACACACUUGAGCAGGUGAAUUAUAACGGGACCUAUUCUGCCAAAUAUUAUGUCGACCAGUGUUGGCAAAGCUAAAAAAGCCAAAUCAGUUUAAAAUAUCUGUUACAGGCUAAAGACUUCUGAAAAUAUCCAUACUUAGCUAUAAAAUAGCUGAAUUUCCAACACUAAAAUUAACACUGAUGUGGAGUUGGUCGGCUCAUAGAAAAGAAUUUUUCUAAUUUAUCUUAGCC